AUGGUAAGCAUUUUACUUGAAAAAGACACUGUACUUCCAGUACCAAACAGAAGUUUCACCAUAAGAAAAAUCGCUCACCGUCAAACACAAGAAAUGGUGGUGUCCUUUGCACUCCUGCUCACCAUUUGUAGCCUGCCUUUGAUCGCCGCAGCUUCCUUGUGCCCCGAGAAGCAGUUCCUGCACAGUCGUCUGCAGACCUGUCUGAAUUGCAGCGAGUGUGGCCACGGCUUGGUCGCGUUGAGGCCAUGCGAACUGCACAGGGACACGCACUGCGGGCCAAUCAGCGAGCUGAUCAAGACCCUGCAGGCCAGUCAGGGCGGGGGGCCACACCACAGGCACAGGCAUCAAGGCAGGCGGAAGGAACACGAGGCGGUGCAGGGUGCCGUGAAUGGAGAGGAUAUCGUGUGGAGGUACGGCGAUGACAUCCAGAAGAAAAUCGACCAAGCUCCGUCGAUGGGCUCCGAAGGUGUCCCCCUAAAGCCUCUGGCCAUGGAGGUGUCCAGUUCAGAAGCCCCUUUUUCCGGGGCGGAGACCUUGGUGUGGGACUGGCAAGCAGUCGCACUGACGACAGCUGUCUUCGCGUGCAUCCUGUUUUUUCUAGCAGUCACCCUCUACUCCUUGCACCAAGCUAGGCAGUGGAGGAGGCUGAAAGAAAAUUUCGAGGCUGGUACGUUCCUUACUUAUUUCAUUCAACCUUACGUUUUUCUCUUAUUCAUUACCUGUUAUUUAGUCUUCUAUCUAGCUGAAAAAUCAAUAUACGUUUCUUAUGCUAUAUUCGUCUACAUAUCUUGUCUUAAUUUUGGGAUAUAA